AUGAAGAAAGCUAAAGAGCUUGAGAAGCUCCGAAAAGAACUACCCAUCUGGCAACACAAACCUGAUAUUCGGUGGGCAUUGCGACACAACGAUGUGCUUUUGCUCAAUGGAGAGACUGGUUCCGGAAAGAGUACUCAAACACCACAAUUCCUCAUCACCGAGCCAUGGUUCAAGAAACAGACUGUCAAGAUCAAAAACAAAGAGGGAAGAGAGGAAGACGUCUCUGUUGGAGGUGUUAUUGCGGUCACAGAGCCUCGACGAGUCGCAGCGAUUACAUUGGCAAAACGUGUUGCUGCCGAGAUGGGGUCACCUUUGGCCAAGGGGAUUGAAUCAGGACAAGUAGGAUACUCUGUCCGGUUUGAUUCUAUUAUACCCAAAGGCAUGAAGAUCAAAUAUCUCACCGAGGGAAUGUUGCUUCAAGAAAUGCUUCGCGACCCCCAUCUUCGACAAUACAGUGCCAUCGUUAUCGAUGAAAUUCAUGAACGGAGUAUCGACGUCGAUCUAGUUGCUGGGUUUCUUAGGCAGCUUGUCCACGGAGAUAAGAAGGGUCGAGGCGGUGUUCCACUGAAGGUCGUGGUCAUGAGUGCAACCUUAGAUCUGGGCGGGCUCGAGGCCUUCUUCUCGAAUCUAGAGACUCGGUCAAAAUACGAGCCUGUGGCCGUCGUGUAUGUUAAGGGGAGACAACAUAAGGUGCGGGUUUACUACGAUGUUAAACCGUCCACGGACUACCUUCAGAAUAUGCUGCAGACUAUUCUCAAGCUGCACACUACGGAGCCUUUACCUGGAGAUAUUCUCGCUUUCCUUACGGGACAAGAAGAGAUUGAGACCCUCCAAGGGCAACUUGAGCAUUACGCGGGCAUACUCGCGAAGACUGUGCCUAGGAUGAAAGUGAUGCCACUCUACGGUGCGCUGCCAGCUCAAGCUCAACAAGAUGCGUUCGAGAAGGUCAAGGAACCGUUCACACGCAAAAUUGUUCUCGCCACGAAUAUUGCUGAGACAUCCGUCACGGUGUCUGGUGUACACUUUGUCGUUGAUUGUGGCAAAUCGAAGGUUAAGCAAUAUCGCUCACGCCUUGGUAUGGAAUCUCUCUUAUCGAAACCCAUCUCCAAAGUCUCCGCGAUCCAAAGAGCAGGUCGAGCAGGAAGAGAGACAGAAGGCAAAUGUUACAGGAUCUAUACCGAGGAGGAUUUCGCCAAACUUGAGGCGGACGAGAAGCCAGAGAUACUUCGAAGUGAUGUGAUCGAAGCAGUAUUGAAGAUGAAAGCUCGGGGCGUUGACGAUGUCCUUAACUUCCCAUUGAUGGAUUCGCCUGACAUCAGAGCCAUGGAGAUAGCCCUUCUACAACUCCACGUCAUGGGCGCCCUCGACGAGGAAGGCAAGCUCACGGAUACGGGAAAGAAAAUGGCUACAUACCCACUCCCAGCCGCGUAUGGCCGGGUCAUCAUUGCAGCCGCAGAAUCAGAUUGCCUCCUGGAAGCAAUUGACAUAAUUUCCUGUCUGACAUCUGAUUCUGAAAUAUUCCUUCAACCCAAGUCUGAAGAAGAUCAAGAAACGACCGAGACAUUGCGUGCAGCGAUCAAAAACCCACGAGGCGAUAUCUUGACUUACUUGACCACUAUGCAACACUAUGCCGCCGAGAACACAGAUCGCAAUGAUUGGUGCGCCAAGCGGCUCAUAUCCAUCCGUGCCAUGAAGAUGGCUAUGAUGAUUCGCAAACAGCUUCGUCAAACCUGCUUCCAGCAGAAGCUUCUGAAGGAAAUGCCACCACCUGAUCCACAGCCAUUCGAAGAGAUCUCAUUUGCCAAAGGCGAAACCAUACUCAAAACAUUUUUGAAGGCAUUCGCUACAAGAACGGCGGUAUUGGGAGCAGGCGGCUAUCUCACGACCCAAGGCCGCAACGAGAUUGUGAUCCAUCCGUCGAGUGUGCUCUAUGGCCGGAAGGUGGAGGCCAUCAUGUUUCUUGAUAAUGUCUACACGGCUAAGAACUAUGCGAAGAAGGUUAGUGCCAUACAGGCGAACUGGAUUGUAGAGGCGUUGGAGAUGUAG